CUCGCGAGACUCGGCUCCCGGAAGUUCCACGUCAGUCUGUCGGCCGGUCGGCGGGGCGCUGGGUUUCUCCGGUCCUGGUUGUCGUCCGCGGGAGCGGAGCCCGGCCUCGGCCCGACGGAGCCAUGCCUCUGCGACUUGACAUCAAGAGGAAGCUCACUGCCAGGUCCGACCGAGUCAAGAGCGUGGACCUGCACCCCACGGAGCCAUGGAUGCUGGCGAGCCUGUACAACGGUAGCGUGUGUGUCUGGAAUCACGAAACACAGACGCUGGUGAAGACGUUUGAAGUAUGUGAUCUUCCUGUCCGAGCUGCCAAGUUCAUCGCAAGGAAGAACUGGGUCGUGACAGGGGCGGAUGACAUGCAGAUCCGAGUGUUCAAUUACAACACCCUGGAGAGAGCGCACAUGUUCGAGGCGCAUUCGGACUACAUCCGCUGCAUCGCGGUGCACCCGACGCAGCCCUUCAUCCUGACGAGCAGUGAUGACAUGCUCAUCAAGCUCUGGGACUGGGACAAGAAGUGGGCCUGCUCGCAGGUGUUUGAAGGACACACACACUACGUCAUGCAGAUUGUCAUCAACCCCAAGGACAACAAUCAGUUUGCCAGCGCCUCCCUGGACAGAACGGUCAAGGUGUGGCAGCUGGGGUCCUCAUCGCCAAACUUCACGCUCGAGGGACACGAGAAAGGCGUCAACUGCAUCGAUUACUACAGUGGCGGCGACAAACCGUACCUCAUUUCCGGUGCAGACGACCGCCUCGUGAAGCUCUGGGAUUACCAGAAUAAAACGUGUGUGCAGACCCUGGAGGGGCACGCCCAGAACGUGUCCUGUGCCAGUUUCCAUCCCGAGUUGCCCAUCAUCAUUACCGGGUCAGAAGAUGGAACAGUGCGUAUCUGGCAUUCAAGUACCUACCGGCUUGAGAGCACACUCAACUACGGAAUGGAGCGGGUGUGGUGUGUGGCCAGUCUGAGGGGAUCCAACAACGUCGCACUGGGCUAUGAUGAAGGCAGCAUCAUUGUUAAGCUUGGUCGAGAGGAACCUGCCAUGUCCAUGGACGCCAAUGGAAAGAUAAUUUGGGCCAAGCAUUCAGAAGUCCAGCAGGCAAACCUGAAAGCCAUGGGAGAUGCUGAGAUUAAAGAUGGAGAGAGACUGCCACUGGCAGUGAAGGAUAUGGGCAGCUGUGAGAUAUACCCUCAGACCAUCCAGCACAACCCUAACGGGCGCUUUGUCGUGGUGUGCGGCGACGGGGAGUACAUCAUCUACACAGCCAUGGCCUUGAGGAACAAGAGCUUCGGGUCUGCCCAGGAGUUUGCCUGGGCCCACGACUCUUCCGAAUAUGCAAUAAGAGAGAGCAACAGUGUGGUAAAGAUAUUUAAGAACUUUAAGGAAAAAAAGUCAUUUAAGCCUGACUUUGGAGCUGAGAACAUCUACGGAGGCUUCCUGCUGGGCGUCAGAUCCGUCAACGGCUUGGCCUUCUAUGACUGGGACAACACGGAGCUCAUACGCAGGAUUGAAAUCCAGCCCAAACACAUCUUCUGGUCAGACUCGGGGGAGCUGGUGUGCAUUGCCACCGAGGAGUCAUUUUUCAUCCUCAAGUACCUGUCAGAGAAGGUGCUGGCUGCGCAGGACACGCACGAAGGCGUCACGGAGGACGGCAUCGAAGACGCCUUCGAGGUGCUUGGCGAGAUUCAGGAGAUCGUGAAAACGGGGCUGUGGGUGGGCGACUGCUUCAUCUACACAAGCUCUGUGAACAGACUGAACUACUACGUCGGAGGAGAAAUAGUCACCAUUGCCCAUCUGGACAGGACCAUGUACCUCCUGGGCUAUAUCCCUAAGGAUAACAGGCUUUACCUGGGGGACAAAGAACUCAACAUCGUCAGCUACUCUCUGCUGGUGUCCGUGCUCGAGUACCAGACGGCCGUCAUGCGGCGGGACUUCAGCAUGGCCGACAAGGUCCUGCCCACCAUCCCCAAGGAACAAAGGACAAGAGUGGCACACUUUUUGGAAAAGCAAGGUUUCAAGCAGCAAGCUCUCACAGUAUCUACAGACCCUGAACAUUGUUUUGAACUUGCUCUCCAACUUGGAGAGUUAAAAAUUGCAUACCAGUUGGCAGUAGAAGCAGAGUCAGAACAGAAGUGGAAGCAGCUGGCCGAGCUUGCCAUUAGUAAGUGUCAGUUUGGCCUGGCCCAGGAAUGCCUGCACCACGCCCAGGACUACGGGGGUCUGCUGCUUCUGGCCACGGCCUCGGGGAAUGCCAGCAUGGUGAACAAGCUGGCCGAGGGCGCAGAAAGAGAUGGCAAAAACAACGUGGCGUUCAUGAGCUACUUUCUGCAGGGCAAGCUGGACGCUUGCCUGGAACUCCUCAUCAGAACCGGACGGCUGCCAGAAGCGGCCUUCUUGGCCCGCACCUACCUGCCCAGCCAAGUGUCGAGGGUGGUCAAGCUCUGGAGAGAGAAUCUCUCCAAAGUGAAUCAGAAAGCAGCAGAAUCCCUCGCUGACCCAACAGAGUAUGAGAAUCUUUUCCCUGGCCUGAAGGAAGCCUUUGUUGUUGAAGAAUGGGUGAAGGAGACACACGCUGACCUGUGGCCAGCCAAGCAGUACCCGCUUGUCACACCAAAUGAAGAGAGAAAUGUCACGGAGGAGGCCAAAGGCUUCCGACCCUCAAGGCCUGCAGCUCCCCAGGAACCCGAUGGGAAACCAGCUUCUCCUCCUCCAGUUAUCACAGCCAACAAGGAGGAAAAGAGUGUACUCGAACUAGAGGUGGAUCUGGAUAACCUGGACUUGGAGGAUAUUGACACAACGGACAUCAACCUGGACGAAGAGAUGCUGGAUGAGUGA